AUGGACCAGGCGUGGAAAGACUUCGAGCAAGACCCCAGCCAAAAGCAGCUGCUCCAUGUAAUGGAGUUGGCGCGUCAAGCUGGCGAUACCACAGAAGCGGAGUACAAGAAGAAGGCGCAAACGCACCUUCCGAAGCUGCUGCCUGAGUCGUUGCAAUCUCUCGACCUUCCUGAGAAGCACCAUCUCUGGAUACUUGAAGAGGACAUUGCAGAUGAGGAUGAGUUGAUGAUUGCUCUGAUUCAGGAGAAAGAUCAUCCUCUGAACAAGGAGCGCAAAGAGGUUUUCAAUUCCAAGAUCAAAGCGGACAUUCCGAAGGUAGGACUUCCAACGCUGGAGCUGUUGAGCCAAGCAGAGGAUCAUCCGCGGCGUGUCAAGCUAAGAGAAGAGCUCCGGAUCUUGUCCGCUCUUCACACCGUUGGUGGAGGCGACUUGCAGAGCGACUGGGUCAAGAAGCUUGUGCAGGAAUGUCCAAAUGUUGCGACCCUACAGAAGCUGCCUUACGAGCAGAAGCAGGGACCCUGCUUGCGAGCACUUCUGGAGAACUCCACUGCUGGGCAGAAGCAGGCAAUUAUGGACUUGUAUGUCGAAGGAGACCCUCUUCGCAAGCAGCUUCUUGAGAACCGCCUGGACUUUUGCAUGGAGCCCACCCUCAAGCAAAAGCAAGUUGACGACAUCUCCAAGAUGGCCCCUAACACCAUGAAGGAAGUCCUCGCAGCAAUGCCGCCAGGGUCAAGGACUGCCCAACAUGCUCUUCGAAGAGCUCACAAUGAACUGAGCCCCGAGUGGAGGCAGGAAUUGGCCAAGAAGAAAAAGGAGGAAACCGAGCAAAGGAGCAAGCUGCAAAAGGCUCAGAAUGAGCUGCAUGAGGCAGAGCAUGCAUUGGCCGCAGCUCGACAGAAGGCUGCAACAGAUGAUGCUUCCAACGCGCUCGAAAAGGCCAAGAAGGCAGCUGAGGAGAAAAUACAGAAGGUCAUGACUGCACUGAAGGUGUCAGAUUGGAAGGGAAGCGUGGAUGAUGUGGACAAACUGAUGCCAAUGAUUCAGGGAGCCGUGGCUGGCUCCCUCGCAUCGUGCAAUGAGUGGAGCACUCCUGAGGAGAUAGCCAAUCGAGCCAGUGGGGGGCUUGCUCGACAUGCUGUGCGGCUGUCACCAGACAAACCGGUGCUUCAGAAUGAACAGCCUACGCAUCCACUGCUUGCAGACUUUCCCUGCGUGGAGUGGGUCGGGCCGCCACCAGGGGAGCAGAGUACUGUCAUAAACUACUGUUCCGAGCACACGGCCCACUUCGAGAAGCAGGUGGAGUGUCAAGGUUGGCAGACAGCAGUCAGCGCCAACUUCGAGGGAUUCGGCGCGAAGGCGGCGUAUACAUAUGCACGAGCGCACGAGGAGCACAACGAAAGCCUGAAUCAAAACAAGGGGACGACCAGCUGCGGAAGCAAAGUGACAUACGUCUACUCUCCACAAGGUGCCUUCAGGAUUCCGAGGGAUGCGCUUAUGCUGUCCUCUGAGGCAAAGGAGGCUGCCAAGACGAUCACCGACUCAGUUGAGAAGGCCAAGAAAUUCCUGACGAUUCGUGGGGAUCACGUGUUUGCAGGAUUGCACGUCGUGGGGGGCAUCUGGAUCUCAAAUCAGACAGCAUCUUCUAAGAGGAAGAUCACAACUGUCGAGAUGAUGAAGGCCUUUUCAGACUCGCAAUCACACGGCGCAUCAGCGGGUUUCAGCGGUUUUGGAGUGUCUGGCGGUGCCUCACUGGAGCACUCAGAGGUGGAAGCGAAAGGUGAGGCGGAAGGCGACCACACGGAGAAAGUCCAAAUUGAAAAGCGCACAAAGGUCACCAUGUUUGGCCCGAACAUUCAAUGCCCUGACCUGUUCAAGCAGAAGCUGUCAUCUUCGCCCGGCACUUGGCAUUUGAUUGAUCGGCAGGGAGGACAGAUUGAAGAUUACAUUCCUGUUUGGGAACUUCUGGAGAAGGAAGGGAUGCCUGAGCAGGCCCAGAUGUUGAAGCUUGCCUGGAUGCAGACACGAGUUGGUUACAUGGCUCUGGGCGAUCUAGCGAAGGCUUUUCUAUUCAUGGCCGAUUCCGAAUUGACAGAUUCCUUGACCUUGCCGCCAUACCUGUUGGUGGCUAAGCUACAGCACGUCAUUGUCUCCGCAACCCAGAUUGAGUCCAAGCUGAGCUUUCUUACUCCUCCAGUGGGUGCUUUGAAGGCACUUCUGGCGCGACCGAACUUCAGCGCGGCAAUCCUUGCAGUCAUACGUGGAUCUCUGGAUGAGGCGUCGCCGGAUGCCACCGUGUUCCGAGCAGGUCAACGCUUUCUUCAGUAUGUCUUCAGGGAGGAGUGUCUCAAGACCGAGCUGAGGAAGCUAUUGGCCAAGGACAGCCGCCAUGUUUUUAAGGGUCAUGCAGGGUAG